AUGCUGGAAGGGAACGUCCAGAGACAGCCUGAGGGCAGAGGCCAGCCACGUCGGCUCUCCAAGACCCCUCGUCCAGACCGGCGACCCCUGCAGGACCGGCCACGGAGGUCCCGCAAGAGGCUCCAAAUUAUUGUCUGCGUCCUCCUCGUGGAGCUGUGCGAGAGGUUCACUUUCUUUGGGAUUGUGUGUAACAUGAUCCUCUUCUGCACUGUGAAGCUGGGCUACGACAACCACCUGGCUGCCACGGUCAACCUGUGCUUUGUUGGGGCCAGCACCCUGACCCCCGUCCUGGUGGGCUGGUUUGCAGAAACCUGCUUAGGAAGGACCAAAGUGCUCUACUUGUGUGCUUUUCUUCAUUUCUUUGGCACGGCCAUGCUGCCCGUGGUGGCUUUCCCUUUCGAAGAUUUCUAUAUCAACACACAUCACAUGACCCACCAGCUGGAGCCGCGGGAGCAACAGGUCCUGUUCUACACCGGCCUCCUGGCGGCUGCGCUGGGCAUCGGCGGCAUCCGGGCAAUCCUGUGUCCCAUGGGCGCCUACAGCCUGCAGGGCUACAACCAGCACCAGCUGCUGUCCUUCUUCAACUGGUUCUACUGGUUGGUCAAUCUGAACUCCGCCGUUGUGUUUCUGGGCAUCGCCUACAUCCAGCAGUCUGUGGCCAGGAACCUGGGCUUCCUCAUCCCCUUCACCUCCGUGCUGCUGGCUCUCAUCGCCAUACACAUGGUGCGCAACAAACUCACCUUCAAACCCAAGAAAGGUGGCUCCUUACUCACCACACUGGGAGUUUUCCUGAACUCCCUCAAAAUGUGCUGCCUCCAUUACCGCCACUUGAGUGGCGACGUGGCCUCCUGGCUGGACCGGGCCAAGGAGAACAACGGGGGACGUUACAGCGAGACGCACGUGGAGAACGUCAAGGUCCUGGCCCGGCUCUUCCCUCUGUAUGGCCUCCAGCUCCUGUACAGGGCCUGCGUCACACAGAUUCCCUCUGGCUACUACAUCCAGACGAUGAACUCCAACCUUCACAUGAACGACUUCCUCCUGCCCAUCGGCGCCUUGAAUGUGAUCAGCAUCCUCCCUCUGCUGCUCCUGGCCCCGAUGAUCGAGUGUGUGACGACCUGUUACCUCUCCAUGGGGAAAACCCUUCUGGCACCUGCCAAAGUCAUCACGCUGGGACACACAUGUGCGGCUCUGUCUGUCUUGGUGGCGGGCCUGUCCGAGUUGCUGAGGAAGUCCUACCCGCUGGUGGAGCAGACCCUGUCCGGGAAGGUCCUGCAGGUGUCGUCCAUGCCCUGUUUCCAGCUGGCUCCUCAGUACGUCCUGCUCGGUCUGGCCGAGGCCCUCGUCACCCCAGCGUGCUCGCUCAUAUCCUUCCACCUGACGCCCAGCCACAUCAGAGGGAUCUCGCUGCACUUCCUCACUUUGUCCUAUGGAGGGGGCUGUUUUCUCGGAGCCUUCAUCAUUCAGCUGGUGCACUUAUUCUCUGGAGGUAACUUCUACCCAAACGAACUCCAUGAAGGGAAUCUGGAGAGGUUUUUCUUCUUUCUUGCCACACUGAUGGCUGUGAAUACCCUUGUGUGUUGGAGGAUAUCAUACAGGUAUUUGGACCUGAGUGUGCAGGGCAGAGGACCCAGCAGCAGCCCUCUGGCGGACAAGCUGCUGCGUUACAAGGCCUGUCUGCGUUUCUAUGACACUCUGGAUCGCUCGUACACAAACGCCUCUGUGGAAUCAAUCUAACCCUAACCCUAACCCUUCUUGAAGAUCUGUGCACUUUGUGGUGCUGGCGCUACAUCUGCUGUGAACAUAUAAAUAACAUAUCACUUGUAUGAAUGAAUUAUCUAAGAUGUAAAUUUUUGAUUUUGUUUGCUUUUACAAAUGUUUUAAAACUUAAUUUGUACGAAUAUCAAACUUUUCUUUGUCACCAAAGCCUUCAAAGAGCCAUGACUUUUAAAUAUGAUUGUUAAUAUGACUGUUUUCUUGAAUAUAAGCCAUUGUGUUUAUGUAUGGUGUGACUAAAUUUUUUAGAAUUUCUAUGUACAGGAUGACAUGAAAUUAAAACAAAAAAAGAUGUAAAUGUCCAUUGCUUAUGGUCUUUAUUUGAGUAUCAAUCCUCAAGCACAGUAAUAAGUCUG